GUAGUCUGCCGGAGUGUUAAAUUAAAAGUCAAACAGUUAAAAUGAAUCGCAGUCGCAGGAACGUGGUAAAUAAACAAUUUGUUUCGGGUGGCGUUUAUCGCACAAAUUGAAAAUGUGUGUCUCAAUCCAAUUGUGAAUUCAUUUGCAGUAGCCAAUAAAAGUUUCUUUAAUAGCAAGUGCCAAGAGUUUUUGUCCAGCCCUGAAAGUUUAUUUAUUUUAUUUUUUAUUGUUAAAACUAAAUACAACACAUACCGGGACAGACACACACACUCAUAGAGAGACUGAGUGUUGGAUUAUGUAUGGAAAAGAAAAGGACAGAGUGAGGGAAAGCGAGGAAGAGAGAGAGAGAAAACAGCUGGACUUGCUAUUUUUGUUACUUUUGUUGCUGCUGAAAAUCAAUUCAUCCAAAAUUGUAACUAAAAUUAUUAGUUUUGCGUUAGAUAGCGAUGCUCAUUUACUUCACUUGAGUACCCAAACGAAGCACAAGAACGCCUAUUCGAGAUGAUCAAAGCCUGGCCUGGCCUGGCUAGUUUGCCAGGCUGACGGCGGUCAGCUGGGUCAGCUGCUGCCAGGCGCCAGGGGUUUGAUUAGAUGUGAUUAUGUGAUUGACGCAAACCAUCGAUUGGGUUGGCUCAUGGUUUCGUUGGUGCAGCGCGUCUGCAUGAUUCGUUUGGGCACUUUGGGUUGUAGGAGUGGUCAUGGCUAUUCCUGAACUAUGGUUUUUAGUAGAAUCCGCCGGUACACCUGCUGCGAUUCAAGCCAGCGCCCACGCAGUUUGUAGAUCCCUUGAAUGGCAUAAUCCAAAUGUUUCCGCCGCUCAACAGACGCCCAUGAUGGCUGCUAUGCCAGCCAAGCCCCAGCCGCAGCCGCCAGAGAUUCCAGAGGCGAUGAGCGUGCCAAUGCCAAUCAAGGAGGAGCCCAUGGCUAAUGUCAACGAUGGCAACGACGCCAUCGAGAUGAGCUCCACCAACGAAAACAGCGCCAUGGAAUCCGACAAUGGUGGCAAAAUACCAUUUAAGAAAAUAUUCCAAAAGCGCAAGAAGUCAUCGGAACGCACUCGCGAUAAGAAAUUGCGGCAAAAUCGGCAGCUGCGCAAGUCCAUGUUGCCCAAGAACGCGCUGAUGGCCCUCAAUGAGGUGAAGGGCAUUAAUAUUAGUGACUUUACCAUCAACAGCAAUCCGGAUGGCGGCUUCACGGCCAUUGUCACGGUGAACACCAGGCAGUACGAGGGUAAGGGCCCCUCGAAGAUGGCCGCCAAGAACUUGGCGUGUGAGAAGGCCUUGCGCGAUUACAUCAUUGCCAAAAUGACGCCAAAGCCGAAGAAACCAGCGACAAAGACGGGUGCGGAGCAGGACGUGAAGAGCGAGGGCGAAAAUGAGCCCAUGGACACGGAGAGCAAUGACAAUCCGCCAGAGGAUGAAGUGCCGAUGUUAAACCUGGCCUCCUUUGCCAUCUACAAGCUGUUCGCCGAGUGGGAGCGCGAAGGCUACAUUGUGCCCGAGAUGCAUCCGUCAUCCACAAACUCAUCGGCACCGCAAGCCGAUGCCAGCUCGCAGAAUGCUGCGGCAGUGGUCGUCACCCCAAAGGAGCCCAAGAAGCCUCCCGUUCGUACCGAAUUGCCCCUCAACUGGGAGAGCAUGCAUCCAGCCACAUUGUUAUGCGUGAUGCGUCCGGGACUAUCGUAUUUGGACUACGGCUCUAUCGGUGAGAAGCCAAAUGUGCUGCAGCGGCUGGGAGUCAUCGUGGACAAUCAGGAGUUCACAGCUACCGGGCGAUCCAAGAAGAUUGCACGGCGGAAUGUGGCUGUCAAUGUAUGCAACUCUUUGUUCAACACAAAUUUCAUAUAUGAGGAGUACUAGACAGUGUAUGCAUAUAUAGGUAUUUAUAUGCAUAUGUAU